AUGCCGGGACGAUUGAAUAAAAUCUGGACUAGGGUUGGGAAUCGUCAAUUUCUUCCGAAUAAAACCGGCUCAGAUGUUUGCGAUGGUUGGGAAAUAGUGGACACCGAGGAGUUAGGAGAGAAGUUGAAGUCAGGAGAUGUUUUGACUGAAGCAAUUUUAACUGAUGAAACACUACCGCCGGUGGCCAAGCAUUCUGAAGUUUCAAUUUCAAAAUUUGAUGAAUGUGAUGCUGAUAUUACUGUAGUUCUGCUUAGAAGACAAGACGCAGCUAAAAAAGUCCAACAAUUAAAACGAGCUCUAGAAACAGCCCAAUCUGUUGUGACCAAAAUGAAAACUUGUUCUCAAAACAUCCGGUUCUGGGAGUUAGAAGAACGGUUGAAAAUUAUUGUGAGUGAAGAAUUCAAUUGGGUGGACAACAAAUGGAAGUUGAUAGCUAAAGAGCUAUAUUUUGAUUUACUAAAUCUCGAGAAAGGCAACGAGAAAUGUUUUGAGUUUCUGGAUUUGGGAAAUGUCGACUUGGAGGAAAUUGUGGAACAAAUUGAUGUAUCACUGCAAUCACUUGGUUUACUGAAUAGUCGAAUCUUGAACCUCCACGGCAACCAGUUCUUCACUUUUCAAAAUGCGCUCACCAAAUUUAGUGGGGGAAUAGUGAAAGUCAAUAAAACUAGAUUUCGAAGUAUGAAGGAGUCUCCUGGUUACCCGAAUGCCUAUUUUCUUACUCAUGUUCUGAGAAUUGAAGCAGAUAUUCUAGAAUUUCAAAAAAGAACUGCUCUGAGUGUUUUGGAAAGUGUUAUUUUGGAUCAGAAGGAAAUGCAUAAACCAAAUUUGAAAUGUAAAAAUAAAUUGGCGAUUAGUUUUCAUGAGGAAAAUAUGAAGAGCUGUCUAAUCGAAGCAAAUGAGAACUGGUCAAACCUUGGAGAGUACUUAAAUGAUUAUCCGUCUAGGGAGUUCCAAGAAAUCCUGAUCCUGCUGGCAUUUCUCACAUGUUCCUUCAAGCUCAGUUUUAAGGAAUUGUUGAGUUUUCCAUCCAACUGUACAGGAGGGACUAAGGAACAUUACUUCUCUCUCGAGGAGAAGUUCGAGAAACUAAUCGACUUUCAACUCAUGACCUGGAUAUUCCAUUUUCUCUUGACUAUAGAGGAACAUCAGACUUAUUUUCCAAAGUCACUACGGAAUUAUUUUCAGGAUAAAACCCUCUUUUAUACUGAACAGUAUCUACUUUGCAAGAUGAGUUAUGUUAAAAAAACACUGAAUGAACUAGCUGAGGACAUUGAAGCAGCAAAACUGAUAGUCCUGGAGAAAGAAAAGGUGAUGGAGAGGCUUGGAGAGUUCUUUAGGGAUAGAAUAUUGAAUGAACAGGAGAUUGAAAUGAAGACAAUGUAUGAAGAAGUGCGAAAAAAGUGGACCGUUUUUAUUUCUAAGCAGAAUUUGAUUAUGCUGGAAGUGGGAGUGUUACAGAGGUUCAGAGCUCCUGUGCCAGUCGGGUUUGAGGAUAGAGUGAAGGAGCUAUCCCUUCAAUCCCAAGAAAUUUGUGAGUCUCUGGGAAAACUGACAAUUCAAUUGGAUCUGAUCGAAUUGAGCCACCGGGAACCGGAGGAUAAUGAAUUGCAGAGAACGCUUCUAACACGAAUCAAAACGAUAUGCACACCGUCUUGGCUUCUUGAUUACGCUGAAGCGGUGGGGCAGAACCGUGAGAUGGAGCAGUAUAGGAACCGGAUAGAGGCGUAUGAAACAGAACUGGAAGCUUUGACAACUACAAUCUGGUCUUUCUUGGAUUAUGAGUAA